AAGAUUUUAUAUAAUUUGAAAUAGACACAAAUAAAGGUAGUACUUGUUAAUUUUUCAAGUUAUGGACUUCCUUAGCUUAGUUAUCAAGCAAGUCCUUGACCUCAGUCAGCCCGGUUUGACCUAAAUAUCCACGUACUAUUUUCUGCUAGCAACUUCAGUCUGUCGGAUGUCAAACUCGUCAAAGUGUACUCAGAUACGCGAGUGUUGAUAAAAAUCGUAGUAAAAUGAAUAAAACAGUGAUUUCAAACGAUGGGGUUUGGUGUUGAACCGUGUGUAGUGAAUGAAACAUUAAGUGGAAACUGUAAAUUAAGCAUACAAAACAAGUGGUGCAGAACUUUAUCGCAGCCAAGCCGGGGCGGAGUCGCAAGCCAGCAGGCUCUGGUUCGGAGAGCAGCAUCAGCCCGCGGGCGUCUCGUGCGCCCUAGCAUGUUCCUCCAGUCGUCGCACUCGUCUUUACCAACAGUGAAUUAGAGUCCAGUAUGUCGGGCGCGACGGCGGGCGGCAGUGCGGGCGGGGGCGCGGGGGGCGCGGCUCCCCUCGCCGCGCUGGGCGGGCUGGGCGGCUCGCUGGAGGACAAGGACUGCGACCUGCUGUGUCCCGUGUGCUUCGAACUCAUCGACGAGGCCUACGUCACUCGCUGCGGACACUCCUUCUGCUACGCCUGCAUCAGCAAGGCCGUGGAGCUCCACCGGCGCUGCCCGAAGUGCGGCGCGGCGCUGGCGUCCCGCGAGCACAUAUUCCCCAACUUCUUGCUGAACGAGGUGGUGGCGCGGCGCCGCGCCCCCGCGCCCGCGCCCCCCGGCGCCGCGCCCAGCGUGCGCGCGCUGGUGGCGCCCGAGCCCGCGCCCCCGCCGCCGCCGGAGCCCGACGCGGACGCCGACAGCCGCGCGGCGCUGCGCCCCCGCGGCCUCGACGCCUUCCGCGAGGACCUGGUGGCCUUCACCCGGUACCGCGCGCUGCGCCCGCUGGCCACGCUGUCGUACUGCAGCGACGCCAUCAACUACUCCACCAUCGUGUCCACCAUCGAGUUCGACAAGGACGAGGAGUUCUUCGCCAUCGCGGGCGUGACGAAGCGCAUCAAGGUGUUCGAGUACGAGGCCGUGGUGCGCGACUGCGUGGACGUGCACUACCCGUGCGCGGAGAUGCAGUGCUCGCACAAGAUCUCGUGCGUGUCGUGGAACGCGUACCACAAGAACGUGCUGGCCUCGUCCGACUACGAGGGCACCGUCAGCGUCUGGGACGCCGCCACGGGCCAGCGCACGCGCGCGCUGCACGAGCACGACAAGCGCUGCUGGUCCGUGCACUUCAACCGCGCGGACGUCAGACUGCUGGCCUCGGGCUCCGACGACGCGCGCGUCAAGCUGUGGGCGCUGAACGCGGAGCGCUCGGUGGCGACGCUGGAGGCCAAGUUCAACGUGUGCUGCGUGCGCUUCAACCCGCGCUCGUCGUGCCACCUGGCCUUCGGCUCGGCCGACCACUGCGUGCACUACUACGACCUGCGCGCGCCGCGCUCGCCGCUGGCCGUGUUCCGCGACCACCGCAAGGCCGUGUCGUACGUCAAGUUCCUGGACGCGCGCACGCUGGUGUCGGCGUCCACGGACUCGGCGCUGAAGCUGUGGCGCGUGGAGUCGCCGCGCUGCGUGCGCUCCUUCAGCGGCCACGCCAACGAGAAGAACUUCGUGGGACUCGCCACCGACGGCCGCUACGUGGCCUGCGGCUCCGAGAACAACGCGCUGUACGUGUACUACGCCGGCCUGUCGCGGCCGCUGCUGGUCUACCGGUUCGACGCCGUGCGCGGCUUCCUGGAGCGCGAGCGCCGCGACGAGGAGCCGUCCGAGUUCGUGUCGGCCGUGUGCUGGCGCCGCGCCGGCCCGGACCCGGCCGUGCUGCUGGCCGCCAACUCGCAGGGCACCAUCAAGGUGCUGGAGCUGGUCUGACAUGCAAUGUAUAUAUUCCAAUAAUUAUCGGGAAAAACAUUAAAUCGACUCUUUUCUUUAUCCUUUGUAUAAAGUUCAUAUUGCAAGCACACUGUUGUUGCCCAAGCGAUGUUGGAGCACAGAACACAUCGUUGGAGGAUAACGUCACGUACCAAAAUUGAUUGAUGGAUCACUGACAAUUUGUUCUUGGUGUGAUUAUUAACACUAGGUUAUAACAAAGAAGUUAACUGCAAUCUAAAGAUAAAUCCAUGAAUCCACGACUGAA